AUGAACAUAACAAGGGGCAAUGAGUUUCUGACUAGAUUAUGUGGUGAAGAGGAAGAGGGAAAUGAUAACGACAUAGGUGAUGAUGAUGAUGGGGGUGAAGAGGAGGCAAAUUUUGAUGCAUCAGGAAAUGGAGAACCUAGUCAACAAGGAGGUGGUGAAAUGGUAGUGCAGCUAAAUGACAAUGUCAAUGUUGGUGAGGUGCAUGUGCAACAGGAGGUCAUGGAAAGACCAAUUGCAGCCCUUUUGAAGAAAAUCAGAAGGAAAAAAUCUGAAAGGAUUCUCAAGCUGAAGUUGGCCAAGAGAGUUGGUGAUGAAGAUGCACCUGAGAAUUCUAAAGAUAAAGCUCUUGCUCUAGAUUAA